AUGGAGUUAUGUGAGUGCACUCUAAGGCACUUAAUUACAGCAAAGGAUCAGUUAUUUAAACGUGAGAACACGACUGAGCCUGGUCACCUCGAAUUUUUCAUUAGCAUCACAUGGCUUAAUGAGAUUGCCCAGGGUCUCAAGUAUCUGCACACUCAUAAGCCACCGAUUAUGCACCGAGACUUGAAACCGGAAAAUAUAUUCAUGGCUACUGUUAAGCCUAAUACUGCGCUGUUGAAGCUUGGUGAUUUUGGUCUGGCUAAAAUACAAGCUGUUGCCUCGCAAACUAAUACUCGGAAAGUGGGAACACCUAUCUAUAUGGCACCGGAAGUCACUGAAGAGCAGCAAUCAACUCGUAUGGAAAAUGUGCAAGAAUUAGCAAACGGCUCACAGUUCAACAACUUUUGGACAAAAUAUCUGAAACUGAAAGCAAAGACUAUCAAAAGCGACCCUUAA